AUGUCGGAUGUAGGAUCUGACUUUGAUGAUGAAGCCAGUAAACUCGGGGAAUAUGAAGGGGACAGAAAUGAAGCAGGAGAGAGGCACGGAGUCGGUAAAGCCAUACUGCCCAACGGAGACAGUUAUCAGGGACAGUAUGCGAACGGCAGAAGACAUGGACAGGGGACAUAUCGCUUCAAGAAUGGGGCAAGGUAUGUGGGAGACUAUUACCAGAACAUGAAACAUGGACAAGGCACCUUCUACUACCCAGAUGGCUCUAAAUAUGAAGGGUCGUGGGUUGAGGACCUGAGACAGGGUCACGGUGUCUACACUUAUCCCAAUGGAGACACAUAUGAUGGAGAGUGGCAGCAUCAUAUGAGGCACGGUCAGGGGAUUUACCACUACCAUGACACUGGCUCAAAGUACAAGGGCUCAUGGGUGAAUGGCAACAUGGAGUCAGCUGGAGAGUACAUCCACUGUAACUACAGAUACAAGGGUAACUUUGCCAACAAUAGACCCUAUGGCCCGGGAAAGUAUGUGUUUGAGAUCGGGUGUGAGCAGCACGGUGAAUACCACCAAACAGAGCAGGACAGAGCUGAGGGUGAAUGGGGCGAGUUGGCCUCCACUGCACUCCUCAAGUGGAUUCCUAAGAGUAUCACCGGCCUGACGCUGUGGACUCCAGGAAAAGAGACUUCAGCUGGGGAAAAAGAAGCACCUUCAGCAGAAGAGGGGGGACAGAACUGA